UCAAACCAAGGAUUGUCAUGAGAAAUUUUGGAGUCGUAUUGGAAGAAAUGGCGAACGUGAAGCCGACAUUAAUUCAAUCAUAUCCCAUGAUCGGUGGUGACGGCCCACAUAGUUACCUUCGUAAUUCUACUUACCAAAAAGCUGCAAUAGAGAGUGUAAGAGCAAAGAUCAAAGAAACCAUUUUAGCAAAACUCGGUCUUAAAACCACGAAACUUGACCUAAACACUUACAAAAUCGCGGAUUUCGGUUGUUCAGUUGGAUCCAACACAUUGGAUGUUAUCCAAAACAUCAUAGAAACCUUAAAACUCAAACACCAACAAGAAGAAACCAAAGGAAAUAACCAUGAACACCUCGAGUUCCAUGUUUUCUUCAACGAUCAAACUGACAAUGACUUCAAUACUCUCUUCAAAACCUUACCUCGGUAUCACCUCGACCGUGAAAUCUUUGCUUGCGGUGUUCCCGGUUCCUUCUACCGCCGACUAUUCCCGAGAAACAGUCUUCAUAUUGGACACACUUCUAAUACACUCGUUUGGCUCUCAACAACUCCGGAAGAUGUUUGUAACCGAAACUCGCAAGCUUGGAACAAAAACAGCAUCCUUUGUACUAAUUUAGUCGAACAAGUGACCGAAGCUUACAGGAACCAAUUCAAGAAGGACAUGAGAGCUUUCAUUGCAGCUAGAGCUCAAGAACUUGUCCCCGGAGGAUUGAUGAUUAUCUUGGGACUGUGUCUGCCCGACGGCGUACAAAUGAUUCGGACAUGGAAAGGUGUCGUAUAUGAUAUGAUCAGAGAUUGUCUGAUCGAUAUGGCCAAAUCGGGAAUAAUAAAAGAGGAAAAGGUCGAAUCAUUCAAGUUGCCAAUAUACUUUCCACAAUUUAGUGAACUGAAGGAAGUGAUAGAGCAAAAUGGAUGCUUUAGCAUUGAGGUUAUGGAGGAAGUGAAACAUCCUAUGGAGGAUAUGCCGUUUACCGACGGCUUCAUCAUUUCCAUGUUUCGAGCUAUGUUGCAUGGGUUCAUAGAAGAGCAUUUCGGAGGCGGUGUUGUUGAUGAACUAUUUGAUCGAUUUGGUAAGAAAUCGACGAGAGAUCGCUCUAUUUAUUCGAGAGCGAGCCAAAAGGAUAUGCAGUACUUCAUCUUACUUAAGAAAAAGAUCGAUCGAUCAUGAUUAUGUUAGGCUAAGGUUGUUUUCCAUUGCUUAAUACAAUGAUCAAACAUAUAAUAUCAGUUUCAUCAUUCAAUAAUCAGUUUCGAAAUCUUGGACCUGUCUCACU